CGAAGAAAUCUCACCUCUAAAAAUAAAAGGUGUCCCAUCGCCACCAAUUGAAAGAUGGAAUAAAAUAUACACAAAUAGCGUUACGAUUCAUUCAUUAGUAAACAUAAAAAGAAGAGCAAACUAUGCAGACAGGAACUGCAGUCGGCGGAAAAAGCGACAACAUCAUCUCUGCAUCCGCAGAUUGGCACCAUUGGUGUCGACUUUGCGCGAAGAUUGAUAUACAUAGUAAAAAUAUUUUCUAUGAACAUCAACCACUAAUGACUUAUUCUGUUGGAAAAAGUGAUGAUAAGAGCUGUACAAUGGCCGUCGCAAUCGGAAAAUAUUUUUGUGUGCAAAUUAAAGACGAUGAUGAUCUGCCCAAAUUGUUAUGCACAGAGUGCAUUUCAUUGGUAACAACCCUUUUAGAUUUCAAUGAACGUGUAAUUAAAGUGCAAGAAAUGUAUGCUGAGCUGCAAAGUACACAGUUCGGUAAUGAUGUAGACUUUCAGUCUAUUCGACUAAAAUAUGGAAUUUUGAAGGAAGAUCCAGCUCAAUUAUAUAUGAACCAAUAUGGGGAAGAUUGUUUUACUGAGAAGUUUGACCAAGCAAGUAUAGCAGACAUACACAAUUUUGAAAUCAAAUUAAUAAAAGAAAUUCCAAGUGAUGAUAUUCAAGCCGAUGAGGUUAGUCAUGCACUUGAAUAUGAAGGCACGGAAGGUGAAGAUCCUUUUGCCAGCGGAGUUAUCGUUGAGACCGCUGAGCACCAGACUCUUCGUGCAAUAAAAGAUUGUGACGGAGAAAAUAAUGAUAGUAAACAUUCUGAUUUCAUACCUUUAAAUGAUCAGAAUAAGUUAAAGUUAACGGAUAAUAAGCGUAAACGGUCUGACAAAAGUAACUUUGGCAAGAAAUUAGAAAAGUGUAUUACUGGCACCGAGGAAAAGUCAAUUGAUGACAAAUACUUUUGUAGCAACUGCUUACUUCAUUUUCAACGUCCUGGCAAUUUUCGUAUGCACAUGAAAAAAAGACAUGGCAUCGUUUAUGAAUUAGAUCCUUUGACAUGUCCUCAAUGUCAUAAAUCCUUCAAUACGGAAUUCAAACUAAAUCAUCAUAUAAAAACGCAUCAGUCACUAUCGGAAAAGCGAAUAUUUCCAUGCCCACAAUGUGACCGAAAAUUUCAGACAAAAGGUUCUGUAACCACACAUAUAAAGUUUGUUCAUGAAGACAUUCGUCCAUUUAUUUGUGAAGAAUGCGGUAAAGGUACACGAACGGAAGCUGCACUACGAGAACAUAUGCUUAUGCACACUGGUUUGUCAUCCUUUGAAUGUGAAAUAUGUAAGAAAAGUUUUAAAAAUCAGUUGCGUCUGAGGGUUCAUUUGCAGAUACACAGUUCCAGUAAGCACAUCUGCAGCGUAUGUGGUUUGCAACUAAAUUCACGUGUAACGUUAAAUCGUCAUAUGCUCGUACAUUCCGAUAUUAAGCCCCACAAAUGUGAUUAUUGUGGGCAAACAUUUAAGCGAUCCAAAACACUAAAAAGUCAUUUAAUACUCCACAGUGGACUAAAACCGUAUACAUGUAAGUUUUGUGAUAGAACAUUUACUAAUGCCUCCAACUGCCGAUCUCAUAAAAAAAAAUCGCAUCCGGAUGAACUAGCUGCUUUAGAGGCUUCAGGAGAAAAAACGUACACGAAAAAUGUACCCAUAUUGGCCGUAUUAAAAACAGUAGCACAAACGUCUGAAAAUCUUGUUCCUGUGGUCUCCAAACAGAGAACUGGCGGCACAAAAUAUUCCAAUUCGUCGGCUGCGCAAGAUACAUUAAUUGAAAUAGAUAAAACUUUGAAAGAGAACAAAACACAAAAAGAGGAGCAAAAUAUGCAGACAGGAACUGCAGUCGGCGGAAAAAGGGACAACAAUAUCUCUGCAUCCGCAGGUUGGCACCAUUGGUGUCGACUUUGCGCGAAGAUUGAUAUACAUAGUAAAAAUAUUUUCUAUGAACAUCAACCACUAAUGACUUAUACUGUUGAAAAAAGUGAUGAUAAGAGCUGUACAAUGGCCGUCGCAAUCGGAAAAUAUUUUUGUGUGCAAAUUAAAGACGAUGAUGAUCUGCCCAAAUUAUUAUGCACAGAGUGCAUUUCAUUGGUAACAACCCUUUUAGAUUUCAAUGAACGUGUAAUUAAAGUGCAAGAAAUGUAUGCUGAGCUGCAAAGUACACAGUUCGGUAAUGAUGUAGACUUUCAGUCUAUUCGACUAAAAUAUGGAAUUUUGAAGGAAGAUCCAGCUCAAUUAUGCAAGCUCCAACCUGAAGAAGAUUGUUUUACUGAAAAGGUUGAUGAAGCAAGUGUGGCAAACAUGCACAAUUUUGAAAUCAAAUUAAUAACUGAAAUUUCAACCGAUUGUAUGCAAACCAAUGAAGUUAGUCAUUCACUUGAAUUUGAAGGCACGGAAGGUGAAGAUCCUUUUGCCAGCGGAGUUAUCGUUGAGACCUCUGAAACCCAGACUCUUCGUGCAAUAAAAGAAUGUGAUGGAGAAAGUAAUGAUGGUAAAUUAUCUGAUUUCAUGCCUCUGAAUGCACAGAAUAAGUUAUUAAAAACCGAAAUAAACAUAAAUGAAAAGGGAAGAUCGUCAAAGAAAGAUAAGAAAUUGAAGUUAAUUGAUACUAAUCGUAAACGAUCUAACAAAAAUAGUUUUGACAAAAAGUUAGAAAAGUGUAUUAUUGGUACCGAGGGAAAGUCAACUGACGACAAGUACUUUUGUAGCACUUGCUCAAUUCACUUCCAACGACCUGGCAAUUAUUGUAAGCAUAUGAAGAAAAUACAUGGCAUUGUAUAUGAAUUAGAUCCUUUCACAUGUCCUCAUUGUCAUAAAUCUUUCAAAACUCGAUUCAUACUAAAUCGUCACAUAAAAACGCAUCAGCCACUGUCGGAAAAGCGAAUAUUUCCAUGCCCACAAUGUGAUGGGAAAUUCCAAACAAAAGAUUAUGUAGCCAGACAUAUAAAGUUUGUUCAUGAAGAUAUUCGUCCAUUUAUUUGUGAAGAAUGUGGAGAAGGUACUCGAACCGAAACUACACUACGAGAACAUAUGCUUAUACACACUGACCUGGCACCUUUUGAAUGUGAAAUAUGUAAGAAAGGUUUUAAAAAUGAGUCGCGUCUAAAAAAUCAUGUGGAGAUACACAGUUCGAGUAAGCACAUCUGCAGAGAAUGUGGUUUGCAGUUAAAUUCACGUGUAACGUUUAAUCGUCAUAUGCUUGUACAUUCUGAUAUUAUGCGUCAUAAGUGUGAUUAUUGUGGGCGAGCAUUUAAACGAGCCAAAACGCUAAAAGGCCAUUUAAUGCUCCAUAGUGGUCUAAAGCCCUAUACAUGUGACUUCUGUGACAGAACCUUUACUAAUGGGGCCAAUUGUCGUACUCACAAAAGAAAAUCACAUCCGGAAGAAUUAGCGGCAUUAGAGGCUUCAGGAGAAAAAACUUACACGAAAAAUAUACCCAGAUUGUCUGUAUUAAAAACAGUAACGCAAUCUGCUGAAAAUCUAAUUCCUGUUGUCUCCAAACAGAGCGGUAAUUUUUCAUUAGGUAGGAAAUUGAAACUUUCGUCCGAUUAUUCUGUUGGUGCCAACCAGUCCAGUUCCUUGACAACGAUAAAUACGUCUGCGGAAACAAUACUUUCAAGAAGUCAAACAACUUCUAAAGAGAACAGUUUAGACGCGGGCAACUUUACGGAAAGGAGUAAUAUACAAUCGUCGUUUUGGUAAAAUAAAACAAUGUGCUCUGGAAAGUUAAUUCGUUUAAAUAAAUAUAAGAUUGUUUUCUAAAAUGCAUAGAUAAAUUGAAAAUUGGUAUGAACAAAGUAUGCGCUAGUUUCAUACCGACAACAAUAUUUUCGGGCAAAGUUCAGUGUUUUACAAUUUUGUUUAUGGCGGAGUAAUAAGAAGCGUGGCAGCUUUUAGUUUCUAUCUCAUGAACGAUUCCAUUUUUCAAUGAUCCAGCCUUCCCCUUCUAUGGCAUAGGGUGUGGUGAGAGGUUACUAGAAAUUUUUUUGGAAAUCUGGGGUUUAAAUUUCUGGCUAUGCCACACCAACAAAUAUACUAUCAUCACACCAUGACUCUUCAUACACUGAAAUGUUGGUUUUUGUCGGAAUCGUUUCGAUAACAGAGCCACAACUGAAGUGGGAAUGAUUGCUCAUCAGACUAAUUUCAUUUAUAGAACAAUUUAUUAAAUAAGAACUAAGAAAUGUUCUAAAAAUGAAGAUCGCGGUUUGUUGCUGAUAUUAUAUUAAAGUACAGCGACAAAAAUCAUACUACAUUCCUAUAAAUUUACAAAUUAUGAAUUAAUCAGCGUGUGCAAAGCAAU